UUGGGCUUCAACAAGAUGCGUAGCUGAGGACGGGGACAGAUCGAAUGUGCAGGCCGAGACCACGUUUGCGUGGCAAAGCCCGCUGUUGCUUACCGUACCAUCGUGGUGCAGCAUGAAGCCCCACCGCCGGUUCUCGACUGGACGUAGACGAAGGGUACGUAUCGUCGCCGCACUUGCUGCCGCCGUGUCUCUGGUCGUCAGCCCUAUCCUUGCCGACCCAGCAACCUCGAACGGAGAGUCAUUCACAGAGACCCUUACGCUUCGGCCGCUCGUCGAUGGGCGCGUACACGCCUUUUUCGAGUUUCUCAUCAAGUCGACCGCCACCCCCGCUUCCAGUGACGACACUGGAGGAUGGGACGGUGCAAAGAGCACACCUAGCGAUCAUUUUCGGCUUCUCCCCCGCUCCCUGAUCCAAAUAGCUCGCGCUACGGGCGUUGAAGAUCUUUCAUUGUCGCUGCACCGCGGCACCUGGGACUAUGAACGAUGGGGAAGCCCGCUCUUUUGGGAUGAGCGAAGCGCGAGCGUCCAAGGGGACGAUGCAGUCGGCGCUGGUGCCGAAAUUUGGGCGACCAUCAGUGCUCCUGCAACGACCAAAUCGAAAAAAAGGACAUCAACUACGAAUAUGGGCAUGGAAGGGAUGGCGCAAUACAUUUCGCAGACCGCGGCGGCAGACCUAAGUCCUGUCCCGAUCAUCGACUCGGUCAUGGCAAGAUGGAGGACACUCACCGCGUCUUUAGCGGGCAUAUUCUGUGCCUCAUUAGACGCAGCGGACGACAAAGUCGCCGUGAGACCUUUGCGUGAUGGCGAAAUUUAUUCUGCAGACUGGACCACAUCCUCGGGCGCCGCUACCGAACGCCUCUAUGCCGCAUUACCCUCGGAGAACAUAUGCACCGAGAACCUCGCUCCAUUGCUGAAACUGCUGCCGUGCAAGUCCAGCGCCGGGCUUGCUCAAUUGCUCAGUCCACAUGCUGUCUUGAGCUCUGGCUUUCACGGUCUAUAUGUCCGUGUCUUCAAAAAGGGCAGUGGCUGGGAGGUCAAGCUGAAUUUCCAAGCAGUCUUCAGCCCAAUGAUUGACCACGAACGGCGUGCGAUUCUCAGGCGAGAUUGGUCCAUGAUGACACUUUUUGGGCGUGAAGUCACGCGCUCGUGCCCGCUCGCCGACACCUCGACAGUGACUGUCAUGCGGCCUCCGACGCUCAAAAGCGGUAUUCAAGACAAUAUCGUGCUGAGUCCGCAACCCAUGAUGUGGGAACAGCUUCUACUCUCGGAUGCCGACUUUUCGGCGGAGAUGGACGCUCAAAAGGACGCUGCGGAUGACAUUGAGGACUCCGUCGAGGCCAAAAAACAUCGCAGCAAGACGCGCUUCGCCACGAUUUUCCAACGACAACAAUCGGUCGCAUACAACGCUAAGGAGCUCUGGCGGUAUCCAGAAGCACAUCUCAAUGUUGGCCUCAGCUGGCCAGACGAGCAGGCAUUCCGUUUUCCUACGCUCGGGUCGCUGCCAGCACCGCCAUCACUGACAGCAUCGCGUUCAUUGAUCAGCUCGGGACAAGAAGCGGGCCAGGUCGUCUUGAGAAUAAGCAAUAAGGACAUCCUGCAUGAGCGUCGAGUGUUAUAUACCGAGUCGCUGCCAUGGCUUUUGAAGCCAUAUAUGCAUACCAUACGUAUCGACGUACGCACUGACCAAGCGAGUUUGAAGGGGCACACACCUUCCGAGGACGAAUCCCGAAGGGUCUACUUCCGAGACGAGCUCGAACCUCCCUUCCUACUCUCACUCGCACACCAACCUCCUGUGCCUCGCGAGCGAAGCUUUCUUCUUGAGGCGGAGCUGCGUAUUCCACCGUCCAGUACACUCAUUCUUACCUAUGAUGUUGCGAAGGCCUACCUUCGAUACACCGAGCACCUUCCAGAUGCGCACAGAGGAUUCGACCUCCCCAGUGCCGUCAUCACACCGCUGUUGGACAGCUCAAGUCGACAAGGUCUGGCGGUACUGCAGCAAGCACGCAUUUACACGCAGCCCGCGCUGCUCGAAGUCGCCGUACCCGACUUCAGCAUGCCGUACAAUGUGAUUAUCAUGACCUCAACGAUCAUCGCACUCUUCUUUGGCAGCGUCUUCAACAAUCUUACCCGAAAGUAUUCGGACAUUUUCGUGAAAUGAAGCACCAUCAUACUGUUCUGAGAGUAAUCCUUACUGCCGGAAGGCCAAUAAUACAAUCUGCCUUUGUCCUUUCGGGUAUG